AUGACCAACGCAAAGUACAACGUGCCUUACUCGGAGUGCCAACGCGACCCCACGCUUCGGAAAGCCAAAGUCGGGGCGGGAGUGGAUUCGGUGUUGGCGCUGUGUCUCAAGUCCACCACGUCGCUCGAGACCACCUUCGAGAACGCUAACAAGUUCUUCAUCGGCAACAUGUCCAACGUCGCAUCGUUCGGCGCGCUGUGCGUGGAAAUAGCGCAGACGCUGGCGAUGGACGACGACAACGUGCUGUACGAGACGCCCCUCCCCCCGUUCUUCAUGCGCCAGGGCUUCGCGCUCUCCAUCUGGGGCCCCGCGCCGGACCCCGCGGAGUACAACGAAACCGUCGUCAUGACGCUCGUCAACGACGGCGUCUCGAGUCUCUCUCUAACGGGGAUAGACUUUGCCGCGAUUGGGGAGGACCCGGAUUUUGAGGUGCCGCCGCAGGGGACGGUGACGAUCACGUUUGACCGCUCGCAGGCAGCAUUGGAUUUCGAAACCCUGCCUCUCCUGCAGAACUACCUGUCAGACUCCACCUCCACCAUGGCUAUAGACGAGCUCACCGCCGUCGUCAUCGUCAAGAUGUUCCCCAACGACCCCACGGGCCUGCUCGGCCGCGCCGCGUAUGUUUUCAUCAAUCCCACGUUCGACAGUCGCAACCCGUACCAGUUCUACCUGUUUGAGGCGAAUUACUACCUGCCGACUGCGGGCAGCGGGCGGCGAAGGCUGUUGGCAAGUAUUCCCAAGACGACGACGCCGCCCGCCGGGUCGCAGAAGGGGUGCUGCAAGAAGACGCCGCCGCCGCCCACGUGUAAGGUGGGCGGGGUGAACUACCCUGCGUGCCGCAAUCCCGUGUGCAAGACACCGUGCUAG